AUGUUUGCGAUUCGCAAAGUUUCAAUAAGCCUCUCAUGUUGUACUUUGUCAAAUGCCUUUUCGAAGUCAAUGAAACAGGCAAAGACAUCUGCAUUAACAUCUCUUGCUCGUUGUAUCAAUACUUAUAUGCUAAAAAGUGCUUCUCUUGUACCAAGACCGCUGCGAAAUGCAAAUUGUAGAUCAGCAAUACCCUCCUCCAAUUUCUUGUAUAUGCGAGCAUGGAUGACGUUUAAGAAUAUUUUGAGUGAGUGGUUCAUGAGGCUAAUGAUUCGGUGUUCUUCACAUUUCUUAGUAUUUGCUUUUUUUUGUAAUGGUAUAAAUCUGGACAUGUACCAAUCUUUUGGUAAAGUUAGUCUUUCAUAUAUACGUUUAAAUAAUUCUGUCAUAAUGUCAAGUUGA